GAGACCCGCCCUUCUUUCCUUCCGGUCGCCCCCUGCUCUUUUUAGCGGCCGUCCCAAAGCGAAACCGAAGGGGCGGAGGAGCAGGUAGGCAGAGCGCGUCGUCCUUUCUUCUGCCCGGAUCCCCUCCCGACUCAGAGACCCUGAAGAUCGGCGGAAGAGACUCCAGCUGCUGGCAAGAUGGGUGCGGCUGAAUCAGACCUGAGGAUCGUCCUGGUCGGCAAAACGGGCAACGGGAAAAGUGCCACCGGCAACACCAUUUUAGGGAAGAAAGCCUUCAAGUCCAUGAUGGCGGCCAGGUCCGUCACUGCCAGAUGUAAAAUGAUCAAGGGGAAACUCCCGGAUGGAAGGACUCUGGCUGUGAUCGACACGCCGGGCUUUUUCGAUACGAAAUAUCCGACGCCGGUGAUCGUUGCGGAAGUGAAAAGAUGCUUGACCUUCUGCUCCCCGGGUCCCCACGUCAUCAUCCAGGUCAUCCGUCUGGGCCAUUUCAGCCAGGAGGAGAAGGAGGUGGCUAAACUUCUCAAAGACAUCUUCAGCCUCAAAGCUAAGAGUUACAUGAUCAUCUUAUUCACCCGGAAGGAGGACCUGGAGGGGCGCUCUCUUCACGAAAUGCUGUCCGGGGACGACGAGAGCUUGCAGGAGCUGAGGGAUCAGAUUCAGAGUUGUGGGAACCGGUGCCUGGCCUUCAACAACAAGGCGGUGGGGCGGGAAUGGAAGGAUCAGAUCGACGAGCUAAUCCGGAUGGUGGACGAGCUCGUGCGCCAGAACGAAUCCAGCCCCUUUUACACCAAGGAGAUGUUGGAGGAGGACAAAAAAAACGCCCCCGAAUGGCUGUGCAACAUCCUGUGAUCCCGGAGCUCCGGAUGGAUACGCCCUUCUGGCAUGUCUGGACCGGAGAAGGUGGCCCUGGAUCCCUUGGGCUGCGCCAUUAUCCCAAAGGCGCGGUUUUCUCGUCUUCCCCAAAAGGCCACUGGACUUCGUUUUUCCCCUGAAGACACUUCGCUUCACGGCCCAGAAGCUUCCUUGGUUCUGACGGGUCUUUGGUUACGACCAAAGAAGCUUCUUGGGUGGAGAAGCGUAAUGUCUUCCGAGGAAAAACACCGAGAAAGUCGAUUGGCCUUUUGGAAAAGCACCUUUGGGAUAGCCCUGGCUUGGAUGACUGAGAAUCUCCAUAGAUUCUGUCAGAAUAGAACGAGAAGGGACCUCGGAGGUCAUC